AUGUCAUAUUGUGAAUUUUGCAUCGUGCAGGAAAAACGCUUGCAGGUGUAUGAAGAAAUUUUUGGGAACACGCGUAUUCCCACGGUCCAGGAUGCCUUGGAGAAAGAGCUGGAAUUUAUCGGCCAGGAAUUCACAGCGACGUUAAUAAAUCAUUACAAGAAAGCAACUUUGCAGCGAUUACAUAAUCAUAAAAAUGUUCCGGAAGAAGAAAUUCGCGAAUUACAUUUCUCCCUACGGCAGCGUCUUGUUUCCGAUCUCCGUCAUCAUGAAGUGCUAAUCCGAAAGCCAAAACUUUUGAACGAAGCCACGAAGAUUUUGUACUAUGAAAGCAGUGAGUACCUAGAUCGCACCCUUCAGGCUCGCAGAUUUUACCAUGCUCUGGAACAAAUUAAAAACAACGAACAAAAAAUGCAGGUUGCGAUGGCCAAGGAUGAUUCAGGGUCAUUUCUCGACACUGUUUUGCAACCAAUUAUUCCCUUUAUUUCCCUGGGAGCAGCAUUUUGCUGCUUUAUAUUCUCUACUGGAUCAUCUCCUGCUUGCAUAAAAUACGUUCCCGAAAACAGACUGCAGCGAGUCUUUGAUAACCGCUAUAACUGUCAAUUAACAUAUUAUUAA